GUUUAGAGAAUUUAUACGGAUUUUUUUUAGAUAAUUCAUUAGUUUAUUUAUUGAAAUCGUGAGAAGUGGUGUACAAGAUCGCAUUUUCCAUGAAAAGGUCACAUCAACAGUAUGAGAAGUGGGAACAUCAAGAGGUUAAAACAGCUGCUGUUUGUGUUACUUUUUAUUCUGGCAUUGACUUUGAUGGUCCGAGUGCAAAUUCUGACAUAUGCCAGUGGACUCCUAACAAAAACUGUGGACGUAAUAAAUGCAAGUAAAACAAAAAAUGUUACAAUAAGGAGUUAUCCACGUGUACCUGCCAAUGAGCAAAUGCUACUUAAUUUAAAAACAACAACAACAACGACAAAAAUGUCUACAAAAUUUAAAGCAAAUGGGGAAGGCAAUGCUGCACGGAUCAUUGAAGUUUGUAAAAAAUAUCAGAAAGUCAAAGGAAAUGAAUUUACAAUGACUGUAAGAUUUAACAGAAACAAAACCACACUGCUUUGUCCCAUCUAUAAAGUUGGCACCACGUUUUGGAGACGAGUAUUUAUGAUAGAGAGGGAGAAAAAAUAUUCGAAACUUGCCAAUCCAUAUGACUUACCAUUUGACAGAGAAUAUCCCCAAACAAAACUGAUUUGGAAUGAAUAUGCAGCUCACGAGUUUUACAAAGUAAUGUUCACUCGUGAUCCUUAUAACAGAUUAUUCUCUUUUUUUGUUGAUAAAAUGCUUGCACCGAAUCCUUAUUUCUGGAAAAAUGUCGGUGUGAAGAUCGCUGUCUUGACCAGAGGGCUUCGGAAGGAACGUUUUAGAUCUGUUUGUGGCCAUGAUAUAUUAUUUUCAGAAUUCAUAAAGUAUGUUAUAUAUACCCUAAAAACUGGACAAAAUAUUGAUCCACACUGGGUUGAAAUGAACAAAAAUUGUCAUCCGUGUGAAAUUAAGUAUAACUUUGUUGGUAAAAUGGAAAAUUUUCAAAAAGAUUCUGCUCAUAUUCUUACUAAACUUGGAUUAACAAAGAUGGUUUUAUUCCUUAAUACCAGUGGAAAAGAUGCAGCAGUUGACGAUGCAAUUAAAGAUACAUUGAAUCAGCCAUUUUCAUUUCAUGCUAAGUAUAAAAAGUGUCUAUCGUUCAAAGAUGCGCUACUGCGUGCGUGGAAGAAGCUACAGAUUAGGGGUCUGAUUGGAAACGGCACAUUGGACGUGAGACAAAUAAAUGAAAAGACGACACUAGAUGACAUGAUAAAACAUGCAAAAACAUCAAGACAUAUGUCUUCACCAAUCAUGCGUAAACAAAUUAAAGACGAAAUGUACAAGGAAUUUUGGAGUACAGUGCCUAGAGGGGAUAUUCUAAAACUUCAAAAACUUUAUGCUGUUGACUUUGAAAUUUUUGGUUAUGAAAACUAUCCAGAUAUACUACCUGCAUUUAAUUCAAGAGGAGCAUUAGACUGACGUUUACUAUCUUUCAAAUGUAUAACUUUAUUUUUAAAAAAUCAUAUAUGCUAUUUCAUUCAAAAGUAAAAGAAGACUAACUUCUGUUAUCGGCAACGUUUUAAAUUAAUUAUAAGAUUGUUUGUUUUUGUUUUAAUAGGAUUUGCGUCACAAGUAAUUGACUUGACCCACAGGAAUAAUACCUGCUUUUCAUCCAAGAGAAGAAUUAGGCUGACUUUUGUUAUUUUACAAAU